UCUCUUUAAACGGAGGAUACCUAGACGGAGUUGGCUCCCCGCUACUUUCCAUCCAAAAAUGGCGUCGAGACUGGCGAUUCUAAAACGCACCACCGCAGACUCUGGUUCAUUCUUGGGGCUGAGGAGAUGGCUCCAUGCUUCAGCACUCCCUCCACCGUUGGAUGCUUCCAUCGGUCAGCCCACAGUAUCACAACCGUUUGUUUUGCCCGAGUCUGAUCAAAUCCCAGACAGCAAUAGUAACAACAACAUCGUAUUCGGGUUUGGCUUCCUAAGUUUCCCCUUUGGAGGAUCCAUGGAGCUCAUGGCUGUCCCAAAGAAGAAAGUGAGUCGCCAUAAGAGAGGCAUAAGAAAUGGACCCAGGGCUUUGAAACCUGUUCCGGUGAUUAUUAGAUGCAAGAGCUGUGGUCGUGUUAAGUUGCCACACUUCUUCUGUUGCAGUGGAGAUCGGGGACAGACUAGCGAGCAUGGUGAUUCAUCCAGUUAAGCAUGUCUUCUGUUGGUGGACUAACAGAGAUAAAUAAGUAGUUUUUCAUUUUUGUAAGUAAAACUUCGUAUGGAUGUCAUUUAUCCAAAUUUUCUUGUUGAAAUCUAGAUUGUUCUAAGAUUGAUCCUUAUCAAUUAAUAUAUUUUGCUUUGUGACUAUGUUAAUGGUGCAUCUGGUGCUGUUGACAGAUUCAAUCAUAAAGUAAGGUAGAAAGCUUCUUUACAAAUUAAGCACCUAGAUUGAUGCAAGAUAACUGAAAAAUGAUAAUAUAGCUAGUUUGUUUCAUGGAAUUACAUAACAAGAUUGUGUUCUUCAUCUACUACAAAGGCUUUCUAUUUCUCCUAACCAUACAAGGUUGUGUCUUUUCAUGGAAAAUUGUAUUGUAAGAAUGGAGUAAUAAUAAUCGGAGACAGGCUGAAAAUUACUUGUAUUUUUAGAGGCCAUCCUUGUUCAUUUUUUCAUCA